AUGGCCAACAUCAAUCCAGCUUCAAAUCAAAAUCAAAAUCAUCCAAUAACAGAACAACCACCUUAUCAACAAUCUCAUCCUAAUUACAAUCACUUACCACCACAAUAUCAAGCUCAAGUCUAUCAUCAUCCAUCAAGACCAUCUUCACAACCUCAAUCAAAUUCACAACAUCCUAACAAUAAUCCAUCACACGGUCAUUUGAUUCCUACACCUAAUCCUCAACUUUUACAAUCUCAAACUAGUAUUCCACCUGGAUAUCAAAUCAAUCCUUCAUCAGUUCAUCCUCAACCACCAUCUCAACCUAUCAUUAAUCAACCAGCUUAUAAUAAAAUGCCUAAUCUUCCUCAACAUCAAGUUCCACCUCCUAGUCAUCCAAUCAUGAGACCAUCUCAACAUCAAAUGGCACAACAUCUCAUGAAUCCACAAGCUCAUAUCAGAUCUCAAAGACUUAUUCAACAGCAACAACAGAUUCAACACCAACAGCAAAUGCAAAGAUAUGAAGAAAUCAUGAUGAUCACCGAUCCACUUGAUAGUUUAAACAAUCGUAGUCUAGCAGCUCGAAGAUAUACUUCAUGUCAUGCUAAUAUGAACUCAUUACUUGGAAAUCAUUGGACGGUCAAUGCUAUCCUUAAAGGAGAUCACAAACCAUCUAACAAACGAAAGUUGAGCGAUCCGACUGAUUCUAAUGAACCUACUGAACAAGAUUCAAAUCGUAAAGAAAGAUUAAAACAAAAGUUGGAAAAGAUUCAAGUAGAUAUUGAGAAAUCGAAGAAAUCACAUCAAUUACAACUUCAGAUGAUUUUAGAUCGUUCGAUUCCUAUUCAAUCUGAAUCUGAUUAA